ACGAAUACUACCAUAUUGGUUGCCUUGAUCCGCCCCUGGAAAGGGUUCCGAAAAAAGUUAACUGCGAAUGGCAUUGCGCUGACUGUUGCGACGAUAGCGAUGAAGAGGAAAAUGAAGAUAAUCAAGAAAGUUCAAACGACGGCGUCGUCAGCCGCAAACUACGACAACGACGAGAUAGUGUUAGGGCGCAGCGUUUAGCUGCGAUCGAGGAAGAAAAACGUGCGUACAGAGCAGCCAUUGCAGCUGGUGUUCGCAGCGCUGGUUCUUCUCACAGAAGCCCUGAUACGAAAAAACAAGCCUCUAAACGUGCUUCACUCGGCAGUACGCCGAAAAAUCCGGCGCCUUUGAAACGUCAGCGACAGGAACAAAUUAACGGGCACAAAGCCAACGGGUUUCCUUCGGUAGAAAAUUUGGAUCUUUGGUACUACUUUCCAGUACAAAAUAUGCUAUAG